AUGUCCAUAAAUGCUAUUGAUAAAUUAUUCAAUGUAUUGCCUGAUCUUUAUCGUCAACGACAAGCAAGAAAAAAAUUUCGUCGAUUCAUUAAUGAUGAAUUAGUAUGGCGUGCACAAUAUGAAUUACUUAAUGGACUUUAUUGUCUUGAUCGUAUAUCAUCGGUGAUUAAAGAAUCUAAUGAAAAAAUUCAAGCUUUAUUAGAAGAUGGAUCUUAUAGAUUUGAUCGUAUUAAUCCUAAUUUAUUUACAUAUGAUCAAACAAAUCUGAUUAUUCGAAAUGUCACAGAUGAUGAAGUACUUGAUGAUCCAACAUUAGAACGAAAAUUUGAAUUUAAUUUUACACAAUCGGAUGUCAAAGAUCGUGCAGAAAUAAUUAAUGAAUUACUUAUUGGUAAAUGA